AUGUCGAAAGCAUAUAAUUUCGAUUGGCAAAUUGAAGUAUCCGCUCGUCUUCUUAAAGGCGAUUAUUUUGAUCGUUGGGAUGAAGAAAAUGGGACGUUAGAACAGAAUUGUUUAUUUCGUGUUGAUAGUUAUGGAUUUUAUAUUUAUUGGCAAAGUGAAGGACGUGAUGGACAAGUUAUUGAAUUAUCCCAAGUUAGCGAUAUACGACCAGGAAAAGCUCCAACGGAUCCAAAAAUCGGAGCUGAUCUUAUGUCUAAUUCUCUUGUUUACGGUCGAGGUAAUAUUGAUGAACGAACAGUAACUAUUUGUAGUGGUAUUGAUUUUGUACAAAUAAGUCAUACAAAUAUAACCGGUGCCGAUCCUGCUACAGCAAAAGCAUGGAUUGAGGGUCUAAGAAAAAUUACGCAUAAUCAUAAAGCAAAUAAUAUAUGUCCUACAACUAUAUUACGAAAACAUUGGAUGAAAUUAUCAUUUAUGUUAAAUGUUAAUAAGAAAAUUCCUGUUCGAAGUAUUAGUAAAACGUUUGCAUCUGGUAAAACAGAAAAACGUAUAUUUGAAAUUCUAAAAGAACUUGGUUUACCAAGUGGAAAAAAUGAUGAAAUUGAUCCAGCAGAUUUUACAUUUGAAAAAUUUUGUGAUCUAUAUCAUAAAAUAUGUCCUCGUACUGACAUAUCUGCAUUAUUUGAUGAAUUAUCCUGUGGAAAAGAUUAUAUAACAACAAAACAAUUUGUUGAUUGGCUUAAUGAAACACAGCGUGAUCCACGUUUAAAUGAAAUUCUUUUUCCACAUUAUGAUACAAAUAGUGCAUUACGUAUUAUUGAUCGAUAUGAAUUACGUGCGAAUUAUCGUGAUCGUGGUCAUCUAUCAUGUGAUGGUUUAACACGAUAUUUAAUGUCGGAUGAAAAUGCACCAGUUUUUCUUGAUCGAUUAGAAGUUUAUCAUGAUAUGGAUCAACCAUUAUGUCAUUAUUUAAUAAAUUCAUCGCAUAAUACAUAUUUACAAGGACGACAAUUUGGUGGUCGUUCAGCCGUUGAAAUGUAUAGACAAGUUCUAUUAGCUGGUUGUCGUUGUAUUGAAUUAGAUUGUUGGGAUGGAAAAAAUGAUACGGAACCAAUAAUAACACAUGGAAAAGCUAUGUGUUCAGAUAUUAAUUUUAAAGAAGUUGUACAUGCUAUACGCGAUACAGCAUUUGUAACAAGUGAUUAUCCGGUUAUACUUUCAUUUGAAAAUCAUUGUUCAAAACCUCAACAAUUUAAAUUAGCAAAAUAUUGUGAAGAAAUCUUAGGAGAUUAUCUAUUAACAAAACCAUUAGAUACACAUCCACUUGAACCUGGUGUAUCACUUCCAUCACCAAAUUUAUUGAAAAGAAAAAUUCUCAUUAAAAAUAAAAGAUUAAAAUUAGAUGUUGAAAAAAGACAUCUCGAAUUAUUUCUCAAAGGUCUUGAUACCGAAGGAGCUUAUGAUAAUGAUGAUUCAGCAGCUAAUGUUGAAGGAGAAGAUGGUCCAGUUGCAUUUGUGGAUACAGUUAAAUUACGUGAAGAAGAUGAUGAAGCACAUCCUGAAUUAAAUGUUGAUUCAAAUGAUGAUGUUAAUCGACGUACGAUACUUGGUCAAUUAGGUAUUAAAUUUAAAGAAAAAACCAAUCUAUCACGUGAAGAAGAAGAAGCACUUAUGAAUCGUUAUCAAUACAAAGGUGCAACAACAAAUAUUCAUCCAUUAUUAUCAUCACGUGUUAAUUAUGCUCAACCUAUAAAAUUUCCCGGUUUUUCUAAAGCUGAAGAACGUAAUAUACAUUAUCAUAUGUCAUCCUUUUCUGAAAAUGUUGCUUUACAACAUUUAAAACAAAAUCCAAUUGAAUUCGUUAAUUAUAAUAAACGACAAAUGUCACGUAUAUAUCCUAAAGGUGGACGUGUUGAUUCAUCCAAUUAUAUGCCGCAAAUUUUUUGGAAUGCUGGCUGUCAAAUGGUUUCCUUAAAUUUCCAAACACCUGAUCUUCCAAUGCAAUUAAAUUUAGGAAAAUUUGAAUAUAAUGGAAAUUGUGGGUAA